AUGCAGAGUACCAUCACCCCAACCGCAACAUCGCGACCCGCGUCCUCCAGGCCCAUCCCACUGGAUCCGGUCUUCCAACGUCAGCUGGGCCGUGCCUUGAGACGCGACUCAACGCGUUUGCCCUGUGCCUUUGCCUCCGCACCGCCGUUAUCAUUCGUACACUCUACUGCGACGGAGUUCACGGGCUUCGAGGCAACGAGACCCCGGCUACGGCACCCAGAAGCUCGCCUCCCGUCGGCGUUCCACGGCAAGAUCCGCAACACGGAGAAACGCGGGCAUGCCAAGGUUUGCCCGUCCGCGCGUGUGCUGCGGUCCUCCCGCGAAACCCUCUCCUCGACCUUUAAGUACGGCUACGUGAUUCCUUAA